GGGGUGGCGGCGGCGGCCCGAGCUGGAGCGGCUGGAGACCUGACCCAGCUACGGGGCGGAGAGGCGUGAGGCCGGCCCGGGCAGUUUGGUGAUCUCGGGUGCCAAAUGUUGGAAGGCGGUGGGACAACAGACAUUUUUCAUGGUUGUAUACGUACUGGGUUGCAGUGAUUGUCAUUGAACUCUGGUUCCUGCAGCUGUUGGCCCUGCCCAUAAAGUGAAGCAGGAACUUGUUCCUGAAGGAUAAACAAGACAGACUCAAUUGGACAUAAAUGGAUCUAAAGACAGCAGUGUUUAAUGCAGCUCGGGAUGGCAAGCUGCGCCUUCUUGCCAAGUUGUUGGCAAGCAAAUCAAAAGAGGAAGUGGCCUUGUUGAUCUCUGAAAAAACAAAUGGUGCCACUCCACUUUUGAUGGCAGCCAGAUAUGGGCACCUUGACAUGGUGGAAUACCUUCUGGAGCAGUGCAGUGCCUCCAUAGAGGUUGGAGGCUCUGUGAAUUUCGAUGGUGAGACCAUUGAGGGGGCUCCACCUUUAUGGGCAGCUUCGGCAGCAGGACAUUUGAAGGUAGUCCAGUCUUUGUUAGACCAUGGAGCAUCUGUCAACAACACAACUUUGACUAAUUCAACUCCUCUUAGGGCUGCCUGUUUUGACGGUCACCUGGAAAUAGUAAAGUACCUUGUGGAACAUAAAGCUGAUUUGGAAGUUUCAAACCGUCAUGGUCAUACAUGCUUAAUGAUUUCAUGUUACAAAGGACAUAAAGAAAUUGCUCAGUAUUUACUUGAAAAGGGGGCUGAUGUUAAUAGAAAAAGUGUUAAAGGAAACACUGCACUACAUGAUUGCGCAGAAUCUGGAAGUUUGGACAUCAUGAAAAUGCUUCUUAAGUAUAGUGCCAAGAUGGAAAAGGAUGGCUAUGGAAUGACUCCCCUUCUAUCAGCAAGUGUGACAGGUCACACAAAUAUUGUGGAUUUUCUGACACAACAUGCACAGACUAGCAAGACAGAACGUAUUAAUGCCUUAGAACUUUUGGGAGCUACAUUUGUAGAUAAAAAAAGAGAUCUACUUGGGGCUUUGAAAUACUGGAAAAGAGCAAUGGACAUGAGGUACAGUGACAGGACUAAUAUCAUCAGCAAACCUGUACCACAGACAUUAAUAAUGGCUUAUGACUAUGCCAAGGAGGUGAACAGUGCAGAAGAACUAGAAAACCUUAUUGCUGACCCUGAUGAGAUGAGAAUGCAAGCUCUCUUAAUUAGAGAACGUAUUCUUGGUCCUUCUCACCCAGAUACAUCUUAUUAUAUUAGAUACAGAGGUGCUGUCUAUGCAGACUCUGGAAAUUUCAAAAGAUGUAUCAAUCUAUGGAAAUAUGCUUUGGAUAUGCAGCAGAACAAUUUGGAUCCCUUAAGCCCAAUGACUGCUAGUAGUUUAUUAUCUUUUGCAGAGCUAUUCUCUUUCAUGCUGCAGGAUAGGGCAAAAGGCUUAUUGGGAACCACUGUUACAUUUGAUGAUCUUAUGGGUAUACUGUGCAAAAGCGUCCUUGAGAUAGAUAGAGCUAUCAAACAAACUCAGUGUCUGCCUGACCAAAUACAGUUGAAUAAAGCCCUUUCCAUCAUUUUGCACUUAGUUUGUUUGUUAGAAAAAGUUCCUUGUACUCCAGAACAGGAUCAUUUUAAGAAGCAGACUAUAUACAAGUUUCUUAAGCUGCACCCUAGAGGAAAGAAUAACUUUAGCCCUCUUCAUCUGGCUGUGGACAAGAAUACCACAUGUGUAGGUCGAUACCCUGUUUGUAAAUUCCCGUCUCUGCAAGUUACUGCAGUACUGGUGGAAUGUGGUGCUGAUGUGAAUGUCAGAGACUCUGAUGACAACAGUCCCUUGCACAUUGCUGCACUUAACAACCAUCCAGACAUCAUGAACCUCCUUAUCAAAUCAGGUUCACAUUUUGAUGCCACAAACUCUCACAAACAAACUGCUAGUGAUUUGUUGGAUGAGAAGGAAAUAGCUAAAAAUUUGAUCCAGCCCAUAAAUCAUACAACAUUGCAAUGUCUUGCUGCUCGUGUCAUAGUGAAUCAUAGCAUAUAUUACAAAGGGCACAUCCCAGAAAAGCUGGAGAACUUUGUUUUACUUCAUAGAUGAUAAUUUGACUGAAUUCUUAAUACUGUUGAAGCACGAAUUGGUAACAGUUGUUUCAUAUUUGAGCACUGUUGUGAUAACACCAGCAUUCAUAUAACUUGAUAACAUUGUGUUUUCGUUGGCUAAAAGCAUUAUGAACAUCAGAUUUGUAGAAUUGGUUGCCCCAUAUUUAAUAUAAAUAUGCUAUAUAUUGUUUUGUGGAUUAUUGAUAAAUGUAAUGCCAUAUUUCAAAUUCCUAAAAUUGUCUGCCAAAGCCCUGUCUUUCUUGUUUUAUUUGCCUGUUGGGUGUUUGGGACUGAAUUCUAUUUUUCACUGGUCUCUAUACAAUUCUUGGUUUGCAGAUAUAAAGCAAAUGAAGGCCUAUUUUUUUUUGCCCCUUUUUUCCUGUCCUUUUCUUCCCAUCCAGGCCUACCUAUCCCUUCUUUCUCUUCCUUUCUUCUUUCUUUCCUCCCUCUUUCUCCCUCCCUCGUUUCUUCCUCUUCCUUCUCCCA